CGGGAUCCGUCUGGAUGUUUGCAAGUUGGCAAGCUGCUGCUGCUGGCUGGCUGGCUGAGUGCGCCAAGUGUUCAACAUCCAUCAUUCAACAGUCUCGUCGACUCGCGGCCAGACAGACGACGGCUCUCGGGCAUAACGGAUACACAAAAUUCUGCCACCCCAUUUCUCCUUUGCUGAUUGUGCUCUAACUGUUAAACGGCAGACCCAGACCCCUGGAUAGACCCGAACAGAAAACAACAGGAGAAACAAAGGAAGGGGUUUUGGAUAUUUUUGUACCACCUGGCCUCCUGGAAGUAUUUUUGCUGAGUGUUGUGGAAUUCGCUCCAACUUUUUUUUGGUAAUAGCAGUCUUUCCUCCCGGGAGUAAAGCCUAGACCCGGAAGUUUGUUCAAAGACCCCCUGCCUGACCUAUCCCCUUCGAUUGGGGCAAAUCAAUUGUUGCAGUUUUGUUCCGCAGUGUGUUCCGGUAAUUUUUGGAUCAGUGCCAAGCAAAAAAAGGAAAUGAAAGAAGAAAAAAGUGCACUUCGAUAAAGUGAAGUGGUGAAGUAACAUAUCUCGAGGACCGAAAUCCCUGGAUCCUGUUUAAGUGCGUAACCGCAGAUUUUGCAUCCCUCCCCCUGCAAUCAAAUCCUGUUGCUUUGGCUUUGUAUCCCCCGGAAAGUGGAGUGGAUUGGAGUGGAGUGCUCCACUUGGGCCAAAAGUUCAAGAGGGAAACUUUCGCAAAAGCGACGGGGGAGGGGAAACCUUGAGAAGAAAGUUAACGAAACCGCCAGAGGGUGGAUGAAGGAAAACCCCGUGAAGUGAAGUGAAAGAGAUGCAGUUUUAAUAUCGUGUUCCGUGGAUUGCUCUCGAUUUCCCUACCUCCUUGUUCCGGUGUGGUGGCUGUUCUUUGGAUGUUUCUUUUCAUCCUUGCUGUGUCCUCCUAACUACUCAGUGAACCAACCAGAGCCGAGGCCGAGAUCUUCAGACGUUUCUCGUGCGCUCAUCAAGCCUCAAGUUCAGUGCAAACAAAAUCCUGCGAAAAUCACCAUCAAUAUCACUUGGCGACGACGUCGGUAACGAGGCACAGUCGGAUUAGAGCUAAGCAUCAUACCGCCUAAAUUUAGCAACAUGUAGUGUUUACAUUGCAUAUCCACCAUCCAUCAUCCGUUCCUUUUGAGAGCAAAAAAAAGAAACCACACCGCCAACCAUGGAAGAAACCCGGCGCUCCCGGAAGGACCUCAAGAAGAGCCAUGCCGACUCGUGGCCCAGCCGGACUUCGCUGCCGGCCAGCCCCAAGAUCAUCAAAACCACCGAGGACGAUCCGGACAGUGAGGUGUUCGAUUACUGUCAGUCAUCUUCGUCGCACACCGGAACCACCCCCACGAUGACGUCCUCCUCAAGUGGGGCGGUCCAGUACGAGUACGGUGCCAUCAGUCCUCGGUUCGAGCGAAAACGGUUUGAAUUUUGCUAUCCGACGGUGUCGAAGGAAGAUUUCUCCAACAGCAUAUCGCUGGACAAUCAGGACAUGGAGCGGAAGAAGAAGAGGAUUUAUCCGAGCAAAACGCCGGAGAAUUCAUUGGAAAAUGAACCAAUUAUGGACGCCUCGACGACGUCAGCCAGCUGCAGCUCAACGCGGGCGGCCAAAUCUCCGAGCGCCUCGCCACGCCAUUCACCUCGCCAUUCACCCCGACAUUCGCGCCGGCAGCUCAACAGCGAAAUAAACAUCACUGCCAAUCCCGGCUAUCAGGUGCUUCGCAAUUCCCACUCGACGCUGGACCGAACGUGUUCCGACAGUGUGGUGUCUUUGAACUGCCACAAGUCCACCAGCGAUUUGACGACGCAACCGAGCGAUCCAACCGGAAGUGGGGGUGGAGGAGCUGCUCCAGGACGGAAGGGUCGGCGAAGGAGCAGCCACAAAGGUGGACUGUACAUCCUGGCCAGCCGGAAGAAUUCGCGAGAUUCGAUCAAGAGCGGUGCCUCCAACACGUCCGUAUUCUCCAAUGAGGACGUUGGCCCUCUGGCAUUUCAGGCAUCGGCCCGGGGAAGACAGCGGAGGACGUCCAACUUUUUGGAGCUACCGAUUCCGGACCAUGCCCGGCCUCGGGUCUGCUCGCUUCCGGAACGACCGUACAAUCCCCGGCAAAGCGACGAUCUGUACCGGUUGCGGCAUUUCUCCAUCAGCAAGGGCACCGUGGUCAACUGUGGGGAUUCGAUAAUUUCACGGCGGUCCCGGAGCAAUACCAGCGUCAAUUCAACAGCCAGUCGUGCCAGCGAGCGGUCGCCCUUCGAUGGAUCCUGCUGCGGGGGUGGUUACGCUACGGUGGAUUCCCUGCCCUCGUCCCCGGUUGCCGACGAGGAUGACAGCGAACCCAUCACCACGAGAUACCGGGUAGUGAUGGUUGGCGAUUCUGGAGUCGGGAAAACGGCUUUGGUGUCCCAGUUUAUGACGUCCGAGUACAUGCACACCUACGAUGCGAGCUUGGAUGACGAGUUUGGCGAGAAAACCGUUAGCAUUCUGCUGGACGGCGAGGAAUCCGAGAUGAUAUUCAUCGAUCAUCCGAACGUGGAGAUGAGCGUGGAAAACUCGUUAUCAACCUACGAACCCCAUGCCUGCGUCGUUGUCUAUUCGAUCGUGGAUCGGAACUCGUUCCGCGUGGCCGAGGAAAUCCUCAACUAUCUGUGGUCCGAGAAGUACACCAAGGAGAAGGCCGUCAUCAUCGCGGCCAACAAAUCCGAUCUUGCCAGGUCCCGGGUGAUCAACACCGCAGAAGGCAAACAGUUAGCAACAUCGCGAGAGGCGAAAUUCAUCGAAACGUCCAGCGGAAUUCAGCACAACGUCGACGAACUGCUGGUGGGUGUACUGAAACAGAUCCGGCUAAAGGAACAGCGCGAGAAGAGGGCGAGUGCCACCAAUCUUCGAAACUCCCGCACCCAGAUGUCGCUGCACAUCGCCAAGGAGAUCCUGCACAAAAUUUGCCUCACCGACAUCACCAAAUCGAAAAGCUGUGAAAAUCUCCACGUGCUGUAAUGAGCCGGGCACAAAACAAAUUAAAACUUGCCAAGUACCUAACCUUGUUCCUCGUUCAUUUAUUCCUGGAGACUGGAGCUCCUCAGACAGAAAAAAAAACAUCCCUAGCACUGCUCAACCAAAAAAAAAAAAAACAUAACCCCUCAAAAAUCUAUGCAUGAAAACAGGUCCAGAAAAAAAUCAGAUUUCAUUUCAUUUGAUAAGUCAACUCGGCUGGUAUCAAAAACACUCAUCCAAAACAAGAAAACAGAAGACAAACAGGUAAUCCUUCUAAGCCUUUUGAGUUUGAGGUGAAGGUGAAGAAAACAUGUGAACCAAGUUUGAAGAAAGAGAUUUGCUCCCAAUAACUCGAGACUUAAAACCCGAAACCGAAUGAGUGCGUAUUCAUUUUAAUAGGUACUAGAGUACUUUGCCAAAGAAGAUAAUUUAACUGUCAGUCAGACAGUAAAAGUCGUAAACCUACUCAGCUUCGAGAAAAAAAACUCCUAGCACGAUUAGAUCUACACAUAUGGAAGCUUGGAAAAACUUAAUGCCGGUUAGUUUUUGGUGACGUGCUCGAAAACUUUUUUUCCUCCUUACAACUAUAUUUUUUUUUGGUUCCCUUUAUUCAAUCUUUUUUCUUCUGAUUACCGAUCCGACAUGUUAUAACUUCGGAUUUCGGACUCCUGACAUCUCCGACUUCUAUGUUCUGACUUUUGACAUCUGACCUCUGAAUCUCGGAAUUCGGGCUUCGAAUUGCAUGAACACUUGGGUGGGACUUCGGACUUCGGGUUUCAGAUUUGGAAUUUCGGAAUUCGGAAUACGAACUUGGAACUUCGGACUUUGGACUUCGAAUUUCGGAACUUUAAACUUUGGGCUUCGUGCCAGAGGUGCCAGGUGUCCUGAUAAAUCAGGAUUUGUCCUGAUUUUUGGAAACCGUCCUGAUUUUUUGAAUUGUCCUGCACAGCGAAUUUUCAAUUGCUGGAAACCAGCAAAAUUUCGUUGGUUUUUUUCCCGCUGAUUUUCCAGCAAAAUGCAAUAUGAAUUGCUGGAAACGAUCAGCAAAUUCAAUUGCUGGAAAACCAGCAGUCUGAAAAAUAUAUAAAACCCUACAAAUGUUUGGUUCAUAAAUUCAAGGGUGUUUUUCAUUCAUAUUUCCGGAAUUUACAAUUUUUGAAUGCUUUUGUUAGAUAUAGUUUGCUUUAUUUAUAUCAGACACAACGUAACAUGAAGAAUCUAAAUGUUUUCCAGCAUCUUUCCGCGGCGAGAAAAGACAGCCCUUAAUUAAGGUUUGACCAACGAAAUACGCAGCAGUUGCUGUUUAAAGGCGUUUUCCGGCAGGAAGUAAAUAUUAAUAAAUUAAUUACUCAAUCUGAGAUACUUUAAAAACUAUCUUACCUCGAAGCGGUUUUUCAAAAAUUUCGCGAAACAAUAUGUCGUUUCAGGCAAAUUUACAGAACUAGGAAAAAAGAAACAAUUCUCAUCUACUGUGUGAAUUGUCCUGAUUUAUCAAAAAUGGGCUUUAAAAUGUACUGAACUAUCCUGAUUUUCAAAAAAUAUCUAAAUUGUAAUAGAAUUCAUAGUAAAAUCAUCAUGAUAUCGAACAAAUUUGUAAUAAAAUAAUUUAACCAAUACUAAUCUUCGGUUCAGAUGAUAUUUAAAUGGUGUUUUUUUCGUAUAAACUUCAAGCCAGGCCAUUGUUGCAUAAUUUAAGGCGUCUUUAUUUAGCCUUUAUUUAAGCAAUUUAAGCAGAUAAAUCCUGGUUUUUUUCUUCAUGGUGUCCUGAUUUCUGACAAGUCUGGAAGAUUUAAAAAAAAAAAAUAUGUCUGGAAAAUUCUUGACAGCGAACCCUCUUUAGGGGAGAAUGAGGAUACCUGAUCCCUGGGGAUACUUGAUUCCUUAGCUAUAUCUCCAAACUGGAAUGUCGUACAAAGAUCAAAUGUUCUAGAAAAAUGUGUCAAAUAGAACAAAACAGCAGUGGUUGAAGCUCAAAAAACUUUAACAAAAUAAGUUUUUGGGUUAUUGAACUUUGUUUGAAAAAUUUCACAAAAUGUGACUUGAAGAUCUUUUUUCAUCAUUUUAAAAUGUUCCUAACAUGGAAAUAUUAUAACAAAAAUAUUUAUUCCAAUACAUCAAUCUUUCGAGUGUAAAAUGAACUUCAAAAUAAAAUAUGUUCAAAGCGAUGGAAAACUCCCAUCUUUUUUCAGAAAAGGUUUUCUAAAAUGUUGAUUUUGGGUACAAUUGAUCCCUAAUAUAUGGGUACAAAUGAUCCCGGUAUAUUCUUCUUCUCAAUGGAUCGUGGUCAUUGCUGAUUACGAGAUUAGUAAUAUUUAUCCAAUAGCUAAUAUUCAUCCAUCAAUUAUCUGAAGAAAAGGGCUAAAAUAAUUGAUUUUCUCUUGUUUAUAAAAAAUUGCUCCCGUAAGUGUGUAAUGUCAUAAGGAUUGAGAAUAAGCUAUAGAAUUAUUUUUAUCUGACAAUUAUAGAUUGUGAAAUGAGAACAAACAUGACCAAAAUAGUCAAUUAACAUUCUAUCUUGGGGUUUUGUUUAAUUUUUUCCAUGGAUUAGGGCUUCCUGAAUAAAGGAUCAAGUAUCCCUUAACUUCAAAAAUAUCGCAAUUUUUUUACUCCCACAAAAAUGCUUCUAGUUUAUCUGCGGGCUCAAGUUUCGUUCUAAUUUUAGGAGCAUAGAAACUUGAAGUUACACGCUGUCAGAAAAUGUAAAAGAGUGCAAGUUGCUAAAUUUUUCCAGAAAGAUAUGGUGAAAAUAAAAAAAGAGGAUCAAGUAUCCCCACUAUCCCCUAUAUGUUGAUCUUUGUUUUUUUUUUAUCUUCAAAUUUCAAUUAUGCAGUUCUGCGCAUUCAUAUAAUCAUAUAGUGCUGCCAUUAUCCGUGUCUAGAUCGAUGCGUGCUAUGCUUAACUUCUUGCUUCACUUGUAUCUUCGCAGCAUUCCCCAUUACAAAUACAUUUCAAACACUUUACUUAUGUUUCCUGCAAUUACACCAUGAAAACUUUGAAUUUUCAUUAUUGUAGCACAAUUCACACCAAACCGAUAAGUCUGAAAGUCUGGAAACUUAAAAAAGUGUCUGACGAAAGUCCAAAAAGUCUGGAAGAUCAAAGGAAAUCUGGAAGGUUGACAGCACUGCUGUUGCGGACUUUGGAUUUCGAACUUUGAUUUUCGGACUUCAGAUUUCAGACUUCGGAAGGACUCUGGACUUCAGGCGUUGCUGUGGUUAGACGCAAAACGAAACCAGACUUCGUUUGGAUUUCGGAGUGCAUUCAGAUUGCAAACCGCUCAAAUCCUUAGAUUUGAUCAAAAAUUAACUUUACUGAUUUUGCGAAAUAAAACUUAAAGACUUUAACUGAUUUUUUAUUCGUCAAAUAGAGUUAUCUUUUAUUUAUAGAAUUCCCUAAUAAUUUUGAUAAUCCUCGAAAUCCUUAGGAAAUUGGUGAAAGUCCACAGAAUUUGGUCAUCGAUCUGUAGAUCUGUACGAGUGGUCAGAAUCCUUAGAUCUAUGGGAAAAUCCGUCGAUUUGGCCACGUAAGUGAUAACCAGGAAAAGGUCAUAAAGUUUUAUUUUAUCAAAAUCAGUACCUACAUGUUUCGUUUCGCGUCUAACCUACGAAUUAAAGCGGUACCAACGCCUGAAGUCCGAAGUCCACAGUCCGAAGUGUGAAAUCCGAAGUCCGGAUCCGAAGGCCGAUAAUCGAAAACUCAAAGCCAAAAGUCACAAAUCCUAAAAUUGAAGUCAGAAGCAUAGUUUGCCAACUGUUUUUCAACAAAAGUCCGGAAGAUUUUCAAAAAAUCUCUGGAAAAGUUUGGAUAGCAAUCUUAGUAAAUGGUGACCCUUUUUUUUGGACGGCAGAUCUCAAUUUUGAAGAUAUAGUAUACAAAUCAUGACUUGUAUAAUCCCGUAUAAUACGCAGAUAUUUCUGCCACUAUCAGUUACAUGGGAUCACACGUGCUAUGUUUAAGACCCUGUGCAGAAUUUCACUCUCUAGAUCAUUUUUACAACUUCAUAUUUCCUAUAUCAUCAUUACCUACCAUUAAACCUUCAUAAAAAAAUUAAUUUCUAUUGUGCUGUUGAAUAAUUUAUGCCUAAACCCAAAAGUCUGGAAUUGUCUGAAAGACAUCUCACAAGUCUGGAAGCAUGGAAGCCUCAAAAAAUGUUUGGCAGAAUGCCAAAAAGUCUGGAAGAUCCAGACAAAAUCUAGAAGGUUGACAUCACUGGUCUAAAGUCCGAUGAUCGGACUUCGGGCGGAGUUCGGGCUUCGAUCGUACUAGGGUCGGAGUUCGGACUUCGGACUGCAGUUGGACUUCGGACACAAACCAGCGUUGCCAGAUCUUCAGAUUUCUCUGUUGAUUUACGGAUUCUAGGCACUUCUACGGAUCUACGGAUCGAUGCUCGAAAUCUACGAAUUUUCAGCAUUUCCUAUGGAUUUUUAACGGAAUAUCAAAAAAAAUAUAAGGAUUCUGCGGAUAAACGAAAAUUCUAUUUGACGACCAAAAAAAAUUCAUCAAAUUUCCUUUUGCCGAAAUCAGUCCAUUUUUCGUCAAACCAACAGAUUUGAGUGGUUUGCAAUCUGGCGACUUUACGCUACUUCGAGCUUCGGACUUCGUGCUUCGGAACUUCGGGAAUUUCGGGCCUCGAGCCUAGGGAUUCGUGUUUCAUGCUUUGGAUUUCGGAGCACAAACUUUGGAUUUCAGACUUCGGGCUUCAGACUUCAAUCGUAAGAUUUCGGAUUUUUGGUUGUGGAUCUGAAUUUGGAUUUGGCUUUGGAUUUUUGACUUUGGACUUCAGACUUCGGUCUCCGGACUUCGGACUUCGAGCAUUACUAGAUUGCAAACCACAAAAAUCCAUAGAUUAAACGAGACACGAAAAAUGUACUGCUGUUGAUGAAAUAAAACUGGUAGAAUUUUAGUUACUACGUAGAAUUCCCAAAAAAAACUUGGAUUCCGAUCGGACUUCGUUCGGAUUUCAAAGAACGUUGCCAGACUGUAAUCCACUCGCAUCCAUAGAUUUGAAAAAAAAAAACGAACUAUAGGGGAGAAUGGGGAUAUUUGAUCACUUUUUCUAAUUUUAAUCAAAUCUUUUUGAAGAAAAUUUUGCAAAUCGCCGAUUUUUACUUUUUUUUUUAUAAGGAUUUUUAUUCUUUUAGGAUGAUUCAUCCCUCUUCGCCGAUUUUUACAUUUUCUAACAGCGUGUGAUUUCAAGAUUGUAUGCUGCAAAAGUAGAAAAGGUUUCGUGGGACUAAAAAAUUGUAAUAUUUUGAAAGUUGAUCCUUUAUUCAGGAUGCCCUAAGCUUUGGCAAAAAUCACGCAAAAUCUAAAGAUAAUAGUUCCCUUGACAUUUUUGGCCAUAUUAUCAGGAAAUUAUUGCAUAAAUAUUAGUCAUUGCAUAAAUAUAAAUAAUUUCGUGCUAAGCAAUGAUCCACAUCCAUUCAGAAGAGAUAGGAUCAAGUGACCCCAUAACAUACAUUGUAAAGUCGUGAAAAAGAUCUUCAAGUCACAUUUCGUUAGAUUUUUUAAACAAAGUUCAAGAACUCAUAAAAUAGUUUUUAUUUAGAUAACAGGUUUGAUGUUUUGUUCAAUUUGGUAAAUUUUCAAUAAAAAGUUUAAUCCAUGUCUUUGUAAGACAUUCCAGUAUCGAGAUAUAGCUGAGAAGUCAAGUAUUCUCCCCUACAGUUUUUGCGAAACAAAACUCAAAAUACUUUAAUAAUAAUUAUAUUUGUUAUAUUUGUCAUUUUUGUCAUUUUUGUCAUUUUUGUCAUUUUUGUCAUUUUUGUCAUUUUUGUCAUUUUUGUCAUUUUUGUCAUUUUUGUCAUUUUUGUCAUUUUUGUCAUUUUUGUCAUUUUUGUCAUUUUUGUCAUUUUUGUCAUUUUUGUCAUUUUUGUCAUUUUUGUCAUUUUUGUCAUUUUUGUCAAUUUUUGUUUUUUAUGGUCUUGUUUAAGGUUUUGUCUUUUUUUUUGUUUUUCUUUUUUUUAUUGACGUUUUUCGGCGAGAUUUUACAUGUUAAAAAUUGUUUUUUUUUUUCAGUUGUCCAGACGUUUCGAGCUACUCUGUCAUUCGCUCCUCUUCAGUGGACACAAAAGUUAAAUUUACACACCUUGGAACUUUAGCCAUUAGUCUUAUAACUUGGGACUUUAGACUUAUAACUUGGGAUUUGAGACUGGAGUCUUGGGAUUUGGGACUUUGAACUUGAGACGUCUGACUUGGGAAUUGCAACAAGUGGCUUUGAACUUGGGACUUGGGACUUUGAAUUAGAGACUUGAGUUUUGGAACCUGGGACUCUGGGCUCGAGUAUUGGUACUUGGGAUUUUGAACUAUGGACUGAGAAAGUCUUCAAACUUAGGACUUUGAACUUAUAAAUUGGCACUUGAAACGAGGAACUUGGGAUUUCUGAUUUCUGACGUGUGACUUGUGAAUUGAGACUUUGGACUUGGGACUUUGAGUAAUGGGAAUUGGGGCUUUGAGACUUGAGUUUUGGAACUUGAAGCUUGGGACUUAGAAUUAUGGGCUUUAGAAGGUCUCGAAUCUUAGGACUUAGGAUUUAUAAAUUGGGACUUGAAAAUUCGAACAUGGGAUUUCUGAUUUUGGACUCGGACUUGGGCUUGGGGCUUGGAACUUGGGACUUGGGACUUAGGACUUGAGACUAAGGACUUGGGACUUGAGACUUGGGACUUGGGACUUGGGACUUGGGACUUGGGACUUGGGACUUGGAACUUGGGACUUGGGACUUGGGACUUGGGACUUGGGACUUGGGACUUGAGACCUUAGACUAGGGACUUUGCACUUGAGACUUGGUACUUGGUACUUGAGACUUGGGACAUUUGUGGGUCUUGAAAUUCGGGGCAUGACACUUAAAAUUUUGGUCAGACUUCGAAGCUUAGGCUUUAGACUUUCGGUCUUCUGGACCUCAGAGUACCAACUUUUGAUUUCAUAAAUCUUAUUCUUCACUAAACAUCUAUAUUCUGGCUUCUUAUUACUGACAUCUAUAUUCGGAUUUAUUAGUUCAAUCUGCAAUCAGUUGGAUCUUCAAAAUAUUUGAUAGUUGUAGAAUUCUACAAUAUUUGUAGAAUUCAAAGAUGAAUUCUAUGUAUUUCAAAGAUUUAGCAGUGCAUAUUUACAAACAUGAAAAUAUCACUCGAAAAUAGACAAACUUACUAAUUACAGUACAGUGCUAAAGAAAAUCACAACUUUAUCCGGCAUGGAAAAAGCUCUAACAAAGCAUAUCAACAAGUUUUGGGAGGAGGGCAUCUUAAUCUUUCUAUCUCUGAAUAUGAGUGAGCUAUGUAGGCGCGGCGUUUCCUAGCCUGUGCAAAGAUGAAAGUGAUUUGAAAGACUUCACGUGUGGCAAAAAAAAAAAGCUUGACUACUCCACAGUCCAUCUUCUCCUACGUCACUAGGUAUGUAUAAUGUUUUGCCACUUUUCCCGAAUGGGAUGAAAAAUGGUCAAAGUAAAUCAUCGGCAUCGCACGAGCACGUUCGCUUGAAAUGCUGCUUAGCUCCUGCUUAUGGGAGGGUGGUUUUUUUUCUACUCCGAGAAGGGUGAACACUGUGAACAGUGCGUUUCAUGUGGUUAUUAUCUAGCCGGUGUAAAAUAAUGGUUUCUUAUGUUUCCAUGCACAACAUUUGAUGGGACAAAAUUUCACAAUAUGAACAAAUAUUAUCUGUUAAAACUUACGGUUUUCUGUUUCGGAUUUGAACGAAAUCCGUCUUCUUCGUCGACACAACCAAAACUCAAUGUUUUGGUUCUCCGUUUGUUUUGGUCGAUUCGCCUAUUGGGAACCAUAGCGAUUGAUCAUCGAUGAUUGUGGAGGACAGGUGAUAAUGGUAAAUACGGUACAAAUGUUUACAUUAUCACACUGUAAACUGAAACUACUCAUACUGCGGUUAGCAGUUACACUGCAGUGUUGACUGUUGACAGACAGAUAUAAUAAGUAGUAAUCGCAUUUUACUCAUUGAGAAAUGAGUACUUUCCCGCUGAGGACCGCCAAUGCAGACACGAGCUAGCAAGAUGUCCCAGGCCAGCAGGCUGGUUCCACCAGAGGUCGAGUGCGGGAAGGUUUGUGGUCCGAGAGAGUUACUCUCGAUGCCGUCACGAGCCACGCUGCGGUUAUUAAGCGUGAGCUCACGUCCGACGGCCGGGAGGAGUCUUAAGAUCCGCAACCAGGCUACGCAGAGGUCGACAGGUCCGGCUGCAGCAACACCCCGGUUUAUCUAAUUGGGUACUGAUUGCCGAGAGGGUUACUCUCGGGCUUUGGUUUUGCUCUGUAGUUAUGAGUUGGUGGGUGCAAGCGCAAAGGACCACCAGCGCAGAGGAUCAUCAGUGCAGAGGCCACGAGAUGCUCCAGGUCAGUCAGAAGGUGCCACAGGAGUUCAAGGACGGGAAGUUGGGUUCUGAGAGGGUUUCAUUUCCACACGGUUUCAUUUCCGACGGCUGGGAGGAAGACGCUCGGGAUCUACAACCGGGAUAGAUCAGAUACGAAUGCUCCAGACCAAUCCCGAAGGAUUAGCUCGUAUCGUAGAUGGGAAGAAGCUGUUUGCCGAGAGGGUUACUCUUGUGAUUUGGAGCUACGCUGCGAUCAGUACGCGUGAGCUCAUCUAAACCUACAGUACGUUUUUUGUGGCUUUGGAGGAGAUGUUUUUGGCGACAUGUUAGUUGCCAGCAACUUCAACAACUUUUUGGAGCGCUCGAAGCGUUGAAGAAACGGAACGAAAAGCCAUGAAGCUGCAAGUCGAGAUGAUUAUUACCGUGUUGGAAGCUGUUCCGGGUGCGUCGGAGGAGAUGGUUUAAGCGACGGUUAGUCGCCAACGAUUUCAACCACUCCUUGAUUUCUGAGGCAUUAUGGAUGAAUGCUACAGAUCGAAGUCUGGCUAAUUUCGGACCCACCGAGAAAGGGCCCUGUUAGCGCAAAGAGGAUGCUUUUCUGGGGUUACCAGAAUGCAAAUUGAGAGACCUGAAUCAACGAAAGACACGAAUUCGUCAUCGAUUCUGGUGCUACGCGGCUAACGUAGUCGUUGUUAUUGAUGAGGGGCAACUUCAGAAUAUCAGCGAUUUGAAGCGCCGGGACGACUGGGGUUUAUGGUUAGCGGUCGACUUACCCCAGGCCAUUCUGUUCUAGACACGAACGUUCGCUGGACGCAAUCGGUCAAAGAUUUGAUCGGUUGUUUGUAGUUUUGACGACAUCUUCGGAUAUCUGUGCAACGGUUAGCGCACUGAGCAAGAGCAGCGUGUUCAACGAUACCAUCUACACAUGAUCGAUAGGGUGUUGGUAACACUGCAACAUGACACCGAAAACACUAAUCGGAUAUUCAGAUGCAGAUUAUGCCGAUGAUUUCGAUUACCAAAGAUCUGUAUCGAAUCACAUAAACAUGAUCUUAGGGAAUUUCAUUUCAUGGUCCACGAAACGUCAGCAGACGGUCAGUUUGUCGACUGAAGCAGAGUUCAACAUCCCUUGUAUGCAGUAACUGGAGGGAGCGUGGAUCCAUCAGCGGUUAAACUAUAUUAAAAGUUCAUCAGCGAGAUCGUGAGAAGCGGUCAGCUCUUUUUGCGACACAUCUCUACUGAGGACCAGCAAGCUGAUACGUUCAUGAAGACGUUACCGAGGGCGAGGUGUGCAGAAACUAUUCAGCAUUCUCAAUUUACGAAUUGAGGGAAGGUGUUUAAGCUUAUGGUUUUCGGUUUCGGAUUUGGACGAAAUCCGUCUUCUCCGUCGACACAAACAAAACACAUUGUUUCGGUUCUCCGUCUGCUUUGGUCAAUUCGCCUAGCGAUUGAUCAUUGAUGAUUGUGAAACUACUUAUACUUCGGUUAGCAGUUACACUGCAGUGUUGACAGAUUAUAAUGAGUAGUAAUCGCAUUUUACUCAUUGAGAAAUGAGUACUUUCUCGCUGAGGGAAUAUGUAUGAGAAGUGGAAAGUGACAAAUAGCUACCGCUAAUGAAAUGAGUUGUUAUUAAAGGAUUUGACGAACAAACUCGAUUAAAAAUUAACUCUAUUCCGGAACGCUGAACUUAUCCUUGGCCGUGAAAACAGGUUGCCGGAGAUCUGUUUGAAGUCGGGCUUCACAUAUGUUUCGUUAUCCAUGAUGCAGCGUUCAACUUUCGUCAGCAUGUUGAGGUACAACUUCUGGCACGGGUUUUGGCAUACUUGUUCUGGUUCUCGUCGUGGUAAGGGACCUUUUGUACCUUGAACGUUCGAAGCCCAGCCUUAGGCUUUCAAGACUAAACUUCGGCUUAGGUGCAGCUUCUUAGCCACAGCCCGAAAGGAGGCGUUCGGGUGUCGGUAGAAGGCCCCAACUAAGCAGUUGUGAUUUGUGGUGUUGUACUUUUUCCUUCACUUCUAGGCUUCCGAUCGGUGCUCAAUCGUUCCUCGAACCACUUAAUCACUCGCGACACCGUGGAAUUCGCGAUUACCAACGUUUUGGCGAUGGAACGAUGCGAGAGAUCCUUGUUCUCGUGAUAAAUGCGCAAGAUUUUAUCACGCACAACCUGUUCGUUCGAUUCCAUUUCCGCGAGUUUUGAUCACAGGACUUUUCAACUUGCACGAUGUAAACAAUGCACUAUGAACUAAAUUCACCCAAGUUUUCAUUACAUUCUACCCAAUGGUUAAAAAGUUAGAGCAACUUCAAAGUGUGGCAAAUUUCAUUUAAGAUGUCUGGUAAACAUGAAAUGUCGUCAGUGAUGUCGCCGUCGCUGAUUUUGACGAAAACUCCAGUUUGAGAGUUUAGCGACAAUACCGUUGUCAUCGACUCAGCUAUUCGUUCCAUUCUUUUAAUCAGGCGUUCAGAAUUUCCAAAUGAACUGCCGUUUCUGGACAGUUUAACCAAAAAUGUUGCGUUUUCGGUUACUAAAAGAUAAUAUUAUAAAAGGUGAAUUAACGCCUCAGGCCGUUAAACCUUCUCGGUUCACACACGUUUACCACUCAGUUCGACGCAAGUGGUAAACACACUACUCAAGUUUAAAUUUCUGAAGAACAGAAUUAUUUGAUAUCUAAGAUGAUUAUGACUAUCCUACCUACCUACCUAAGGGUCCAGCGCCGAUUGACCGGCGCAUAGGGCUGAGAUAAAAGAUCUCCACUGCUGGCGAUCCGGAGCCAGCGUCUUCACUUGCUGCCAGCCAAGGUUCUCGUCAACUGUGCGGAUUUCAGCGGCUGGACUUCGCCGCCACGAGCUUUUGGGCCUGCCUCUUCUUCGAUGCCCAUCUGGAUUCCAGUCAAGCGCCUCUCUGCAAAUCUCGUUUUCAUCUCUUCGCAGCGUGUGCCCAAUCCAUCUCCACUUACGUUCCCGAAUCUCGAUUUCUAGCGCCUUUUGAUGACACCGGCGAUGAAGUUCAACGUUUGAGAUCCAGUUGCCAGGCCACCAAGCGCGGAUGAUGUUCCGCAGGCAGCGAUUCACAAAAACUUGCAGUUUUCGCGUCGUCACCGCAUAUGUGCACCAAGUUUCACACCCGUACAGCAAUACGGAUUUGACGUUUGAGUUGAAGAUUCGGAUCUUAGUUCGUAGAGAGAUCUGGCGUGACCGCCAGAUGUUUCGGAGACUCGCAAACGCAAAUCGGGCUUUUCUGAUCCGGGUCUCGAUGUCCUUCUUGGUCCCACCAUCAGGCGUAAUCUGGCUACCAAGAUACUGGAAGCACUCCACUGUCUCAACCUGUUGUCCAGCUACCACGAAAUUGGAACGAUUUUCUGUAUUGAUUUCUAUCGACUUGGUCUUUCCGACAUUGAUUUUGAGACCUGCUGCCUUGGAGCUUUCGGUGAGGUCGUCGAGUUUGCUCUGCAUGUCUUGUUGUGUUUGGGCGAGCAAAACAAUAUCGUCUGCCAGGUCGAUUAUGACUAUCGGCCUUUAAAAUUGAUCACUGGCUGAUGCAGCUGAUAAAAUAUUAUCUUGCACAUACUCGGGAAUGCUUGAAGAGCCAUGUUCAAAACAAAAAAAAGUUAAGAAGUUAAAAAUCCAGAUAGCUAUUCUAAGGCUAAGCAUCCGUUUUCGAGCGAAACACCCUGUCAGAAGUGUUGUAAAAAUUCACCACAAACAUCACCUCCCCUCAAUCAAAAAGCAUCACGACGAAAAUCCCCCGAAGAAAGAAAAGUAGUCAAACCUAAGAGUUCCGAAAAACCUGACCUUUCACUUGGGGGGUGACAGACGGUGUCCCUUAAUGGUAGCAAGUAGGUAUACUAUAACCGACCCCAGACAGUCGGUACCUUCAUACAUAUAUGCAGCCAAGCCGAUAGAUCCGUCGAAAGUUAUUCAUUCAUUAUUUAUUUUUCUCUCCAUCGCAUCGCUCGCUCAUUGACCGGCCCGGACUUGGGAUUGGGGCCUGUUGGUUGGAUCAAAGUGUACGCAACCGCAAAAUGGAAUGAGGACCGAGGAAAAACAUAACAUUGAGUUCGAGACUAAGUUUAUGUUUAUCUAGUAUAACCUGUUGCAUUUCGCUGCUGCGUGUACGGUGUUGACGAAUGGAACCCACAUUAGCUGGGUUUUUAGCUACGGAUGAUAGAAAACUUUUGCUUCAGAAAAGGUAAAGCGAUACAUAUGGAUGGAUCGAUGUUUGUGGAAAAAGCAAAAAAAUCUUUCACGGAAAGUUGCCCACACUACAACGACUCUAAUGCCAUUCACUGAUCUUGCAAACCGGGCCCGUGUAAUUUAUUAGCAAAUAUGGACGCGUUUAUCACUAAGAUGGUUACUUCCAGCGGGGAGUCGGUUUAAAUGGGCAUUAUUACAGUAUAUUUGUUCAAAUUAUUAAUUGACUCUUAAGGGGAUAAAACCGUGAGAAUCACUAUUGAUAACUUAAAAGUUUUCAAAUGACUGAAACUAAUGACCGUACAAUUUGACAACUUAUAAUAUAUUCCUAUUCAGUUCCUAUUCUGUUACACUUCAAGGCCCACUAGAUACUAAUUUUCGGUAUUCUUAUCCCUUGUCCUUAUCCAUAUGCCGCCUCUAGAAGCUUCCAAAGCAUGAAAAUCGUUUUCCGAAAUAAGCAAACAAAACCAAAACCAAGCUAUAUUCGUAACGUAAUACAUGGAUGAAACUGCAACGUUUCCCACCGAAAUUAGAGGAUGUUGUUUCGUGUGUGUAUUUUAGGAGCCUUGCGCAAAACUUUUUUAGUUUUAGUUUCCGUAAACUGUACUUGCCGUGUAGCAGCUAUUUUAAGGUUAUGUGUAAUAAGCACCAAACGCCGAAAGUUGACACAAAAGUUGAACCUUCGGGGAAAGAUAAACAAUAUCAUAAACAAACGAUAGGAGGUAUGGUCCCAUCAUUAAAAAUUGUACAGUUGACAGGAGGACAGCUUGAGCGAAUUUGUUGAUCGAUAGUGGUUAAGAUCCUAACCAAAUGUAUUGAAAAUAAGUGAUUAAGCAAGCAUCUAACUACAUUCUGUAAGACUGGCUCAGAAACAACACAUAUUUAACCGACACGCAACCGCGUAACUUGGUAGGAUUAAUGCAGAUUGCACUGUAAAAAAAAUCGUAAGCAAAAUAAUUUCAAUCGGCCUACACACCGGACAAAUUGAAGCAGCUAAAUAGUGGAACCUUGCCGUGGCCUAGCCAUUGAAUGAUUACGGAAAUAGCAUUGGAGAGACACGAGUCCGACGAUUAGCGGUGGACAAUUAUUACACUGUUAAAUAAAAUUAAAAAAUUAUAUAGGGUAUUUUCGAUUGGUAAAUUGAAAGUUCAGUGUUUAGCUAUGUACCUAUGUCUAAUGUUUUGCGCACGGAAGUUAGCUGAAGAGCACCCGCGUUACUUUGAACUUAGUAGAUAAAACUAGCAACUUAUUGCAACGAGUUCGAAAAAUUCUAAAUCGCAAAGUCUGUGCAGUGUUUCUCGCAGACUAUCCCUCUACUUUGCUCUGCUUUCCAGAGAAACAAUCGUUGAAGCUUUAACGUUUUCUUCUUGUUGCUGUACCGUACCGGUCUAUGCUGAUUUGAGCACAGACAUAAGCUUUAAAUGGAAUUACGCUUUAAACUUAACCUAACUUAGGUGCGAAAAUUCAAUGUUUGUAUUUAAGACAUUCCAAGAAGGGAUCAAUUUGAGAACAAUAUCACGAAACAAUCCGAUUGCUUUGUUAAGAAUAUUUUCAGUUGACUACACAUUUAAACAGUGUUUUUCAAAACCACUAAAAUGCACCCAUUAACAAAAAAUAAUGUGUUCCACGAAGAAAACAGGUCUUUUGAACAUAGCGAAACUUAAAACUCGGUUUCAGGACCAAGGGUUAAAACUAGAAGCACGGAAAGAAAUCCUCAAAUAUUCAACAUUCAAAUUAAUCAGAGAUUAAAAAUAAUAGAAUAAUGCUUGAUGAAAAAGCAGAUACAUACCUUCUUAUAUUUACCAUUAAACACAAAUGUUUUUUUACGGCAAACUACCGCCUACUAGUUUUCUGAUCAGAGAAGCAGAAAUCUCACAAUUCUGUCAAUUAGUACCGAAAAAUGACUUUCAGAAAAAAAAUUAAAAUAAAAUCACGAAUUCAAGAGAUGAAGGAUUAGUUUUCAAUUCUCGGAGAUGGCCAAAGAUUGUCAAAUGUUGGGACAGUUAGUCGAAUAAGCCAAUAAUGUUGAAAGGGCCUCGAAUGCCAAGAAGUAAAAUGUCUUCUCUUUCACAAACGAAAACCAUCUUUACUGAUCGGUGUGCUUGUUAAAUAAAACACAGUAGGCAUAGUGUGUUCCAAUUGAGAGGGAGUUGUUUCUCCACACUGGUAAGUGAUCUGAUACAUAGUUUCUAAGUCAUCUAAUAUAUACAGAGGAAAGAAUUUAAAUCAGAACAAUAUCCAAAUACACUAUUCUCUUUGCUGUCCAUUAGUGGCAUCAUUCAACGUUGUUUAUUUUUAUACAAACUACUUUUUAGGAGUAUACACAUUAGAGCGAAAAACAUAAAAAGGCCAUUAUAUUCUUCUAUACAUAAAGUAGUUAUUGAUAAGAAGCAUCUAUAAAAUCAAACUGACUUAAUGGAAUCAUAAAAAAAGCGAUGAAAAACAAGCGGUAAUCAAACAAUGCAGCACUGUUUCUCUACAAAUGCUUUGAAACUGAAAAAAUUGAAUAAAUUUAAAUGAAGAAA